UAAGAACCGCAGAUGUGUCACAGUGACAAUAAGUUAUAAAAAAUAUCGCAUGAGCCAUAAAAUUCACGUUAUAAAUAAAAUAACUGUCCAAACAAAAGGUUAAAUUGUUAAUUUGCACGCCAGACCAAAUAUAAACACUGAACUGUGGAGGAGUUAACCAAUAAUUACAAAGGUGUACGACCUUAAGAUUAAAAAUAACCCGCAAAAAUCAUUACAACUGCACAAAUAAAAUUUAAAACUGCACCAAGUGGGACACUUGAAAUAACCGAAUCAAUAACAAUUAAUUGUGGGAAAUUGCAAGUAACAAAUGUGAGUCAGUGACACUCGUGUCAACGACAUUUCGACGUAAAACCCCAAACUCACAAUACUCAAAACGGAGAAAAAAUCUAAUUGUGGUAAUUUUUGCACUUACUCGGCUGGGUUUUUCGGAAUUAUCAAAUCUUCAGAAUCCAUCACAACAUCUUCCCCAAAGUCUGCCAUCUUGCACAAGUUGUGAAACGAGUAAGGCCGAUUCAUCGUCCGAAUUCAAAAUUCGUACUGUGAACCUGCGCACUAGCUCAAUUCUAACAAAUCAAUAAUUUUGAACGAAAGCGGGAAUUUUGAAACGAAAAUGAAUAGAAAUGCAUUUGACAGUAUCGCCUUAAAUGCCAACAAAUACGAAAUAGACAUUAAAAAUUACUUUAUAACACCCCCAGAGCAGAGCAGUGUUCCAAGCGACACUGAGGACUCACAAACUGAAGAAUACUUAGCCUGCAAGCGAACUAAAUUUCCAGUUGCGGAUGCACACAUUUGUACCUGGGAUUAUUUAACAAAACCUGAAGUCAUCCAUUUGCUGGGAAUUAAGAGUAAACGACUCAGAAGACAGUUCAUCGAGAACAAACUGCACAGAAAACCCAAGGGGCUUCCCCGAAUCAUAUUCAGAGAGUUGAUGUACUCUGUAACUAAAUUCUGCACUUCUUCGAAUUAUACCGUAGAACAAACUGGAGCUUUAUUGUCACAGUUCUAUCUAACUCAUUUAUUUUUCACAAGUGUAUUGGAUGUUGGUCCAGAAAAAGUGUAUGAAUAUUUUAAAGAAUUGCAAAUGUGUCAUUCUCUACCGUUUCCUCCACACAGUAUCAAAUUAUUCAAUUUGGAAGAAAUUAAAAACAAUAUGGUUCAUUUCUGCAAACUGUAUGUCAGAAAUCUGCCAUUAGUCAGGUUCUUGUGUUUGCCUAAUUUUACUUUACGUGUAAACCACCACUUAGAGCCGGACAUCGCUCCAGGUAAGAAGAAGGGCAAAAAAGGGAAGAAAAAAGGAAAAGGGAAAAAAGGCAAAAAGAAAUGAUCUACGAAAUAUAUUUAUCAAACUAUUCCAAUUGCUUUAUUCU